AUGGCGGGGCCCAGUAGUAGCACUGUCAAGUGCUUCGUGAGGCGCUCUCGCGGCUUCCUGGGUGCCCACGCGUCCUACGAGCUGCGGCUGGAGGCGACCGACCGCCUGCUGCUCGCGGCGCGGCCGCGGCCCAACAGCAAGCGCGCGAGCUACCUGGUGACGCUGCGGGACGCGGCGGCGGGGGAGGUGGCGCCGGAGAGCCAGGAGUCGGUCGCCAAGGUCAAGGCCAACCUCCUGGGGUCAGAGUUUGUGGCCUGGACCAAGGGCGGCGCCCCCGGCGACCACAAGGGCUUCGGCGCGCAGGCGCUGGCGGCGCGGUACCACCCCACGUCGUCGUCGCCGUCGGGAGGGGCGCGCCAGAUGUCAGUCAUUGUGCCGGCGCCAGGUGAGCCGCUCUGGCUGCCGUCCGGCGGCGCCGGCGACGCGCCCGACGCGCUGGGGCCGCUGCUGGUGCGCGCUGACGCGCGGGAGCUGGCGCCCGGCGUGGAGCGGCGCGUGGUGCUGCUGCGCAACAUGGCGCCGCACUACGACGAGGCUAAGGGCGUGGGCAGUGGGCAGGGGGCCCAGGAUGAUGAGCGGGGGUUUGGAGGGUUUUGCGGCUAA